CUGCCCCAUUCACGGCGCUAGGAAAGUCAGUGUAGCGCCUUUAAAGUGUUGUCAUUUUUCCCCGGUUCCAAAGUUUUCUCGGUCAGGUUUUCCUCUCAAAACAGGCCUUAAACAGGACCUCGUAAAGGAAAAAUGAACUAAAUAUAUGUCGUGACCCGAGGAAGGCCCCCGCGCCGUUGUUGUUACUGCACGCUAGGCUACGCGGCGCAGCCGAAGGGAAGGAGCUGCGAUGGAGUCCGGGAGUGUGAAAUUAGAGAAUAAGCGUUUAAACAUCAUCCCCGCCGGCAGGCAACUGCAGCGAACUCCACCGUCAACACCGACCCCACAGCCCCGCCGGAGGAGCGGGGACACCGACAGCCGAAUAAAGGAUGAGGAGGACACUCCGGCAGAGGGGAGCGCCCCCUUCAGGCCAGAUGGAGUACUGAGUCCUGCUGUGAAGGAGGAGAGGAAAUCGAUUCGCAGGUCCAGCAUCACGUCAGCAUCAGCGAAGAUGGGGGACGCUGACCCUGACGCCUUCAUCCAGGGCAUGCAGGGCUACCAGUGGACGGACGCAGAUCUGGAGUUUGUCUACCAGGCCAAGCAGCAGAAACGGGUCCAGCAACUGCAGCAAGAGUUGAGUGAGGUGUUGAAGACUCUGAAGACGGAGACUCAGAGGCUGGAGCUGACCAUCGCUUCUCGAGACAAGCUUCAGACCGAGCUUUCGAAGACUCUGUCCUGUGAGCGUCUGUUGCAGCUGUGUCGAGAUGUUCGCCUGCGUUCCUGUUCUCCUAAUCAGCUGGAAGGUUUGGGAGAUAAAGCUCUGCUUUCGCAGCUCCAGCUGGGGGAUGUGCAGCAUGCCAUCCAUGAAGAAACCUCGGCAGUCGACCAUCUCAAGAGAGAAGUGGCCAAAGCUCAGGAGAUCAGAGAGAGGGAGGAGCUGGCUAUGAAGGAAAUGGACCAUUGCCAGAAGAACAUCAACAUAGUCAAGGCAAACAUAGAGGUCCUGAGAAUGGAACUGACAGAGUUAAAAGCCCAGCUGUCUGAGAAAGAGGUGUCCUCAAAGACAGCUCAACCAACGGGAAGAGCUCGCAAGGCCUCCAGAACUGGAAAAGCUCAAACAGCUUCCAGUGCUCCGAAACCCGCUAAGGAAAAAACCCCAAAGGCGUCGAGCACGAGCAAGAUGAGGGCUCAUGAAUCGAAGAUAGAACCCGUAGACCAAAAUGUCCAGCCUCCAGAGACAGAGGAGGCCCCAAAAGUGUCUCGGGUUGCAGAGAGAGCCCACAAGGCCCCCAGAACGGCUAAAGCCACAGCCAGUCUUGCUGAUGGUGUUGUGAAGGUCCCCAAGGAGAAGGUCCCCAAGGAGAAGGUCCCCAAGGAGAAGGUCCCCAAGGAGAAGGCCCCCAAGGAGAAGGCCCCCAAGGAGAAGGCUCCUGCGAAGGAAAAAAUGCCUGCAAAAGGAAAACCUCCAAAGGAAAAAGCCUCAACAGAUAUGAGCACAGUCGAGUUGCACACGGUUGGACAGACUGAGCAAAAUCUUCAGCCACCAGAAACACAGGCAUCAAAAGCAACUCGGGCUACAGCGAAAGCCCGCAAGGCGGCCAAGCCCACGAAAGCUCCACCGAGUCCUUCCGAGAGCGCUACCGAAACCCUCCGCCGCUCGAAAAGGAUCGCCACAAAGAGUCAGAGCCAAAGUGAGACGGCUCUUCAGAAAGCGAGCGGCUCCAGACGGAGAUAACCAUCAGAGGCUGCGAGCGAGUUCCUGUGUUAACCCCCCGACAAAUACUGUGAGCUGUGCCAGGAAAAACGUGCUGUGCUCAGAAGUGAAAAAGAGCAAACCCCUCCCCCCCCUCCCCCCAUCAGACAGUCAGUAAAUACGCACCCCAGCUUUUCUGCCGUUCAAAUAUUCCCUCCCAGAGCCUGCGGCUCAGACGACAAGUGCUGCCAGCAUCCAUCUAAGCUGUAUCGCCUGUCUGUUCUUUUAGUUGAUACCUGUCAUUUUUUUGUAAUUAUGUGACUCAUCCGCACUUUUCAUUGUCCUCAAAGACGCAUGAGUGAGAUUUUUUUCAUGAUGUAUUUGUAAAAAUUGUGUCCUGUAAAGACGA